CGCUGAAACACAAAACCUUUCUUGGAAACAGAUUCCUGGAACCUCCGUCAGUACAAACUCAACUGAUCUGUUUUCUGUGCUGCACUUUACUGAAUAAAACGCAGCCGCUCCGCUUCUCGCUCACAUUUUUACUUCAGCAGACCACCGGUGAUAUUCUUUCUCAUUUUAUUUGACUACAACAGAUAGUGAUUAUGAAUGUUUUAUAGUUUUUGUUGCGCCUUUAUCCGACACUAUUCGCCCAUGAAAAUUAAUUAUUUACCGUGAGAAAUUGCUGGAUUUUUCUCUGGACUGUUUUUUUCAACUGCUUCUCAAACUGGUCGCAAUCCUCAUGUUUUUCUGUAAUCUAAGGGCUUCUGUUAGUCAGAGAUGGUUGCCCGGGCAGUGACCAUUUUUCAUCAUGAGGAGCGAGGAGGUUCAUGCUACCCACAUCCCUCCCCUCCACCCUGGGACCCAGCAGAGGACCUCUGCUGCAUCACCACCACCUUCCAGUAUCUACAGACCUCAGGCUGGUACUGGGGUUCCAUCUCAGCGAGUGAGGCUCGGGAUGCUCUCCUGACAAAGUCUGAAGGCACGUUCCUGGUGCGGGACAGCAGCCACCCUCAGUACAUGCUGGCCCUGUCAGUGAAGACCCGCUGUGGACCCACCAGUGUACGAAUAGAGUACAACAGGGGUUCUUUCUGGCUGGACUCCCUCCUCCCCGGCCUGCCUCACCUGCAGUCCUUCCCUGAUGUUCUCAGUCUGAUACAGCACUACACUGGCUCAGGCCGCACACCACAGGACCAGGCAUCUAAUGAGGACAACAUCCACCCCAAAGCAAAGCCCAGCUCUGUCCAGUGUACAGCUAAGGACAGUGGCGUGCCUUUGAGGCUCAUGCGCCCCCUUUGCAGACCUGAGGCCUUCCCUUCUUUGCAGCACCUGACACGCCUCACCAUCAACAGACACACAAACUGCCCCGACCAGCUGCCACUCCCAAAGCGGCUCCUGCACUACCUGCAGGACUAUCCUUUCCACAUAUGAGGGUCUCUAUCUUUGCGGUGCAGGACACACAGACAAGAAUAUGGAUCAGGGUCUCUCUCCAUUACCACACAGACUGUGAAUCUGGAACAGUCUGAGACCCCAGGCAGUAGAGAGCAACCCAGAGGGAGAAUAGAGUAAUGGUUUAAUACACUUCACUGUGACCUCGCUGCUCAUAAAUGAGCUCAGCCUUGGUUUCCAAGAGGUGGAACAGAGCAGUGCUGAGAAAGCCUCUUAUCAGGAUUAGAGUACGAGCUGCAGUUAUUAAUACACUGCUGCCCCAACUGAGAGCAGGCCACCUUUCUGUCUCUCUCUACUUCAACCUGUCAAUCUGAAGUAUUAAAAUAAUUUCUCAGUCUGUAAUUAAAUAAUCAGCAGCAGCAUCGCUGAGACACUUUCCUCAUUACAACCUUUAUCAGCAUGGUGAAAGCAUAGAAGUGCACUAUGUCUAACAGGAAGGCUAACAGAAGUAGCAGUAGCUGAUGUUAAUGUACAAUGUAUAUGUCAGUUUUCUUCUGUCUUCCUUAAUGCAGACUUAAAACAAUAUUAUACCAACUGCAUAUGUCCACAUAUAUGGAGUCAUACAGGAAAUACACAGAUGGUUUACUGAAGUAAAAGUAGCAAUACCACGAUAGAAAAAAUAUCUUGUUUCAAGUUGGGCAUUCAAAAGUAAAAAUGAAAAAGUGCUUAUAAUGCAGAAUGACCCCCUUCGGAGUUUUAUAUGAUUAUAUAUUUAUUAUUGGGCAGUAAUUAUAGAUCUGUUAUGUGUAAGCAGCUGGCUGGUUGAGUUGGAGCCAUAAAUACAUAUUUAUAUUCUGCUGGGUUUUCUAUUUUACAACAAUGCAUCAUAUUGUAUUUGCUGAUCUUAUAUUUGUUAAAUCUUAAUCUGCAGAGUAACUAGUAACUAUAGCUGUCAUAUACUGUUCAUGUCAAAGAAACACAGAGGAGACAAAGUCUAAAGUAGCAUAAAGUUGAAACACUCAAGUAAUGUACAACUACCUUACACGGCUGGAUUAGCAGCCAGGCAAAGAGGAAAACUGCACAAGUGACUCAGACCUGUAAGAUCCCCACAAGUUCCAGGUACACUGCCUGUAAGCUGGUUUGUGGUAAUUUGAUUAGUUGCAAAUUUGUUGGAGAAUUUUCACCACUAAAGUACAUUAAGUACUAAGGUUCUGGGUGUUAGGUUUGACCCUCAACUGACUUUUGAUGAUCAUAUAAGAGAUCUAUGCAAAACCUCUUUCUACCAUCUCAAAAACAUCUCUCAACUCCACCCCCCUCUCACCCUGUCAGAUGAAGAGAAACUUGCCCAUGCUUUUAUCUCCUCAAGUAGUUACCUUGAGGAGAUAAAGCCAAUGAGCUCUUCACAGGGAUCCCUGGCAGGAGCAUCGAGAAGCUCCAGUACAUUCAGAACAGUGCUGCCAGGAUC